ACGGGUACACAGUUCUCGGGUCGGGUCGGGUACGGGUACAAAGUUGUCGGGUCGGGUCGGGUACGGGUGGAAAAAAAAUUUUCGGGUAGGGUACGGGUACGAAAAUGGUACCCGUGCACAUCUCUAUUGCCUAUUUCCUCUGCAGCCUCUUCUUCAUUAUUAACGAUCCCUGUUAUGAAUGAAAUUACUCAACCGGUACAUAUUCUUUCAAUUUCAACAAUUUCACAUUUUCAUUUGUACAGUUCAGUUUUCUUUUUUAAGCCCUUUCAAAUUAUUAGUACUCAACGUGGAAAACGUAAACUAUUAUUAGACGGUCAUAUCUAUCGUCUUGAUCGUAAAAAUGAUCAUGGUACUGAACAAUGGCGUUGCGCAAAAAAACAAUGCCGUGGUCGAGUACAUAUUCAAUCAACAAAAGACGAUUAUAAUGGAAAAGGAUAUUUUAAUGCUUUUCCUUUAUCAAAUGAUGAUAUCACACUCGUAUCAUCGCACAAUCAUUCAUCUGAACCCGGCAAAGCCGAAGCAGCAGUAAUCGUCGAUCAACUACGUUCAACAGCAAAAAAUAAUAUAAGUCAAACACCAAAAGAAAUUGUUGAUCGACUUCUAAGAACAGUAACUGAAGCAGCCGUUCAAAAUCUUCCGUCUGUGACAGCCAUGCAACGCAGCAUUCAAAGACGUCGUCAAAAAUCAUUAACAAAUCGUUUGCUUAUCGCAUCUGCAACAUCAAUGACAUCUUGUAGCGAACACGAACAAAUUCUAUCGAUUAUUGACUCUAGUGCGUUUCAUUCUAUCUAUCUGAACAUCAAUGAUGAACAAAUCUCGUCAACAUUAGAAUUAAAUAAUCUAAAAAGAUCACAAAUUAUUAUUACAUCAGAAGAAAACAUAAAAGAACUUGAACAAGCCGAUAUAUGGUUCAUUACUAUCUUCAACGAAGUUAAAAAUGAUUAUUUUAAAUCAAUUUGUAUAAUUCAUAUUGUUGAUGAUUCAAAUUUGAAACCUUGUUUAUACGCUCUAUUGAAAAUGUCAAAUAUUGAACAUUAUGAAAAAUUAAUUUCAACAUUAUUUAAACCACCUAAUAAUAAUUUUCAACCAAAAUAUUUUAUAACAAAUUUAGAUAAAUUAUUAAUUCAUGUUUUAACAAAAUAUUUUCCAGAAACACAAAUUAAAAUUUGUUUAACAUUUCUAAAUCAAGAACUAAUCAAAUAUGCACAAAAUAUACAUUCAGAAAUUCAAUGUCAUACACAAGAUGAACAAAAAGUAAUCAAAUUUCUUUUAGCAUUAGCUUUUAUCCCAUUACCGGAUGUGACAAUGGUUUUUGAAGCAUUACAAGAACUAUGUCCGUCAUCUUUUGAAGAUAUUUGUAUUGGUCGCUUAAGACCAAAUGGUUAUCGUUCUCAACCGUUAUAUGCGCUAAAGUUGUGGAAUUGGGCCGAUUGUAUUACAAUGAAUAGUCUAUCAACAGUUUGUGCUCAAAUUAAACAAUGGGAUAAUAUGUUUAAAACGUCAAUGACUACUUCUCAUCGUAGUUCAUAUAAAAUAAUUCGAACAAUUCAACAGCUACAUCAUCAUUAUCAAAAUACAUAUCACGCUCAACAAAACAAUAGCCUGGUUAGUCGAAACAGUAUAAUAGCAAAUUAUUGUACACAAAAAUUUUAUCAACAUGUACAAAGUUAUGGAACAAUUGAUUUUCAAUUAUUUUUAUCUAAUCUAGCGCCAUAUUUACCUGUCUAA